AGCCUCACCGGUGUAUUAACCUUAAUGGGGAGAGACGGUGACGAGCGAUAACAGUUGUCCGCGUAAAUUAAUUGGCGAGGUGACGACAGGAAAACUAAAAAAAUUUCCCCGUGUCGUAAAGCGACUCGAGUGGUCGCCAACUACACGCUCCGCAUACAGCAGCAGCCGCGAAGAAACAGCGGAGCGACUCAGCAUCGAGCUGCUGUAUCUGCAACCGGGGAGGAGAGAGGGAUGCGGGCACUUGAAAGGAGAUAAAUACAACGUAUUCGUGAUUUUAUUCAAAGUCAGUAUGGGGUCCGUGUUCAGUUAGCAAAGACGGAGUUGAACCUGAAAUUGUUUGCGGUCGUUUGGUAGCUCCUGUCCGUGAAAAUGAGGAUAAUAUGCAGAUAGGGCGUUUUUAAAGUCCACCUUUUGUCGUGGACAAGCGGCUAACGUUAGCGAGGUUUCUCCCAAUACUGGACCGGGCAGGUCUGUUUCUGCUGUGUAUCGUUAGCGUGAGUUUAGCCCAGGUUUGUUUGGUCGAUUUUCUUCGCUUUUUGAACCAGCUCUUUAUCGGAUGAAAUCUCGUCUAUGACAUCCAUCUCAGUGUUGUUAGAGGCCUCUGCUGGCAAACUGCGUCACCGAGUGGGCACUGCAGGUAUUCAUCUCUAGUCUGCGUGUUGGGAAGUCUAGCCAUGGCACGAAUGACCUGGAAACCAAAGUGACUGAACUUUUAAAUCACCAUGGAGCCGGAGGCCAAUUCAACCUCCGAGGCCCACCAAAAACUGAAAUAUCCAUCUGUGCUCAACUCUCAGUGUGAACUGGCCAUCAAUAUGUAUGGGGCCAUGGGUGAUGGAAAUGUCAAUCUUAUGGACUCAGUAGUGAGAGGUGGGAGUGACCCUGCUUCCUCCAGUUAUCAGAGGAAUGUGCGUCAGAGAUUCAUCAGGAGAAGUCUGUGGUUCUCGGACACAGACGAGCAGGCCUUUGAAGCACCUGAAUGUGAUAACAGGAGUAAGAUCCGAAACGUAAAUCUGCGAACAAUAGUCGACGGGACACGGGGGACUAGUAGUAGUGGGAUACAGGAGGGUUCCAGCACUGAAAGUCAAGGUGGGCAAAAAGAGAGUGCAACAGAAAGUGCCAGUGCCGACGAGAAGGAGAAAGGUGGAGAUGCAUUAAAUGUUACAUGCAACGAGGGUGGCAGAAACGCUAUCAAGGCAGCCAGCGAGGAGAACGAGGAGGAGGCAGAGAUGAAGGCGGUCUCCACAUCUCCGGGAGGGAGGUUUCUCAAAUUUGACAUCGAGCUGGGGAGAGGGUCCUUCAAGACGGUCUACAAGGGCCUGGAUACUGACACCUGGGUGGAGGUUGCAUGGUGCGAGUUGCAGGAUCGUAAGCUGUCAAAAGUGGAACGUCAGCGCUUUAAGGAGGAGGCAGAGAUGUUGAAGGGUCUCCAACAUCCCAACAUUGUCCGUUUCUAUGACUUUUGGGAGUCACCCCUUAAAGGGAAGAAGUGCAUUGUUUUAGUAACAGAGCUCAUGACAUCAGGAACGCUAAAAACCUAUCUGAAGCGAUUCAAGGUAAUGAAGCCCAAGGUGCUAAGGAGCUGGUGCAGACAGAUCCUGAAAGGCCUUCACUUUCUCCACACCAGGACCCCUCCUAUAAUCCAUAGGGACCUCAAAUGUGAUAACAUCUUUAUCACUGGACCUACGGGGUCAGUCAAGAUUGGGGAUUUAGGACUGGCAACACUCAAGGCGGCUUCCUUUGCUAAGAGCGUCAUAGGUACCCCAGAGUUCAUGGCUCCAGAGAUGUAUGAAGAGCACUAUGAUGAGGCAGUGGAUGUCUAUGCGUUUGGCAUGUGUAUGCUAGAGAUGGCCACCUCAGAGUACCCAUACUCCGAGUGUCAGAAUGCUGCUCAGAUUUACCGCAAAGUCACAAGUGGAGUGAAGCCGGCCAGCUACAACAAGGUCAUGGAUCCUGAAAUCAAGGAGAUUAUUGGAGAGUGUAUCUGCCAAAAGAAAGAGGAGCGGUAUACCAUCAAGGAUCUGUUGAACCAUGCAUUCUUUGCUGAGGACACAGGUGUCAGGGUGGAGCUAGCUGAGGAGGAUGAUGGGAAAAAGGCCUCAAUAGCCCUGAAAUUGUGGGUGGAGGACCACAAGAAGUUAAAAGGGAAGUACAAGGAGACUGGAGCCAUCGAGUUCACGUUUGACCUGGAAAAGGAGGUCCCUGAAAUUGUGGCACAAGAGAUGGUGGAGUCUGGCUUCUUCCACGAGAGUGAUGCUAAGACUGUGGGAAAGUCGAUCAGGGACCGUGUGGCACUGAUCAAAUGGAGAAGAGAGAGAACAGUGUCUGCUGCAGUUCCAGUUGAUCAAGGUGAAGGGGCGCACAGGGUCCAGGUGAUACCAUCUCAGGGCAUCUCUGCUGGGGCAGCACAUGUAGGACAGGCCCCACUACUUGAACCAGAAGAGCCAGAGGCAGACCAGCACAACCGGCUGCGUAACCUACCAGCCAGUGCCACCUCAGUGACAUCAGACAGCACACUCGACAGUGGCAUGGGCUCCACUGUGUACUCGGACUCCCACAGCAGCCAGCAGAGUGUCCUCUACCAGUCCCUGCUGGAGCCCAUCACUAUGGCAACACAGCAGUGCCAGAGAAGUAGCCCUGCUCUGACAGAUCGACCUCACUCCUGUGAAAAGGGUGACGUAUGGGGGGCAGCGCUGAGCCCAGAGCACAGGACUCGUUUGGGAGCUGCAUCCCGGAGAGGAAGUGCCCCCGUUAUUGACACUCAAAGGGCAAACAACAUCGCUCAACUCCAUGCUCUCAUUCAAUCUCAGAGAUCAAUCAGUCCCACCCCCACAGUACCAGAGUACCAAUCAGAGCUCAACCCCUCUGAGCUUCACUCUGAGGCUGAGGAUGGGUUUCCCUCCCAGAGUGCUCUGCCGGUGCUGCGGGUCUCCCCUGUUUUAUCACCCACCGAAUCCCGCCGCUUUAGUGACACCAGCAUCAAAUCUUCAUCAAAGGCAGAGAACUUGUCACUGCCUGCGCCAAGUGGACGCAGACACUCUGACCUCAGUGGUCUUCUAAGUUUAACCUCUCAUCAUAACCACCAUCUUGCAAUGCAUAGAAGCCAUGUGUGCCAGGCCUGCCUCUCUUUGCUUCUUCUGAAGUCACUAGAGGGGAGACACCGCCAUCCUACUAAUGUUGUGCCAACACACCACUGUCCAUGUGACUUUAGACACCAGCCGUCCCCUGGUGGAACAAUGACCGCCCCUGGUUAUGGAAGGCCAAAGGGUUCGAGUGAUUGCUCAGAUUUCUCACUGCUGCAAAAGUCCCUAUUGAAUAUAAUCUGCCGCAAAGCAGCCCCUUGUCACACCACACCCUCCCACGCCUCCCCACUGCACACCUCAGCUGCCCACAGGCCUGCACGCAGUGCUGGAGAUGGCAACCUGAAGAGUCAUCUACUGAGUGGCAGUUCGGUUGGAGACCAAGAACUCCUCCUGGACUGCAAGGAUAAAUUCUGUGCCAGAGAGCAGCAAGUUACUGGUGCAGUAGGAGUGGCCAGUUCUGCAGGUCACCAGAAUCAACUAUCUGUCCAGGGCCUGCCUUCUUCCAGCACAGCAGUGCACACACCUCUGCAGUACCUCCAGCCUGGACACAGCUACCCUGCUGCUCCAUAUCCUGGCCAGCCCAGUGCUGCAGCACCAGCUCCAGCUAGUCUGUGUUCAGUCAACAUCCAGCAUGCAGUCAGCGCUGCCAACUACACACCUUCAAGUGUGCAACAAACCCAAGCCGCAGCAAGUAUUUCAGCAUCAGCUGUGCCACAACAUGUUGCACAGAGCUACCAAGCACUAAGUCACCAACAGCAGCAGGCAAGCUCUUCAAUAUUUCCCUUACAAGUCCAACAAAUAUGUCAGAACUGUGUGGCUCCAGCUCAACAAUCUCAGUCUGCAUCAGAAUAUCCUACUACAAUUCAGCUACAGACUGCAGCUGCAGCAACCACCCUGCCAGCACAGCAGCCAGCACAAAGCUACCCUCUUGCAUCUCUAGCCCCAACUAUGGCAGCCAUAGCCCAGUGUCACCCUGCACAAGCUCCCAGUGCACUGCAGCAGGUCCAAACCGCAGUCAAACUGCAGAGUCAGCAGCCUGGUCCGAGCUCCACUACACCAGCACUUUACAGCCAACAAAUACACGUUCAGCAAGAGCACCAACAACCCUUAACGCAAAGUACUCAAUCCAGUAUACAACAGACACAAAAUGCUGGGCAAGCUUACAUUCAGCCUCAACUCCAGCAUAUCCAAGAAACUGUGCAUACCAUACACCAACAAAUGACACAGCCUACCCUUCAGUCUUCUGGUCAGCAACAAGUACACACUCCAACUCUACAGCAGCACAGUCAGAAAGCCAUGCAGACAGCAGUUCCACAACUGAGCCAGGAUGUAUCCCAGUCGGCAGUUCUACAGGUUCAGACCCCUGCCUCUCAGCCUCAUCACACAGCAACCCUGAUUGCACAAGUUGCAGCCACACAUCAGAAUUACCCUGCUGCAGGUCUACCUGAUGCUAGCUCUCAGAGCUAUGCACAUUCUGCCCUCAAUGCGCUGCAGCAACAGACUGCUCCAGCUCAAAGCCAUUACCUGCCUGCACAGUCUACCACUGCUCCAGCUUCUUCCCAGCAUAGCCAGGCUGCUCAUAUGACCCAACAGUUUCAACCCUAUCUUUGCAUCGCUGCUUUCCUGAAUCAGAAUAUUCCUCCUGGUCAGAGCAUUUCACAGCUUGGACAAGAUGGACAGAGCCAUGUGCAAAAUCUCACCCAGUCAGCUUCAGGUGUCCCUGCUCAGGCACUACCUCUUCAACAGUCAAUGGCUCAGGCUGCUGUCCACCAGCAGCUGCAACCUCCGCAGAUUUCAACCUCGCUACCGCCAACACACCCAUCCCAGCAGGUUCCUCAGCCGGCCCAGGUCAGCCAUCCUGAGCUUGUCCCUGCUGCUCAGCCAGUCCAACCCGCUCAGCUGACCCAACCUGCAGUCUUCUCCCUGCCUUUGCAGAAUGGGUUAGACCUGGGCACAGCUGCUGCUGCCCAGCUGGAUCAGAGGAACCCAUGCCAGCUGCCCCUGCAGGCCCAGAGUCAGGUUCAGAGCCAGAUUCCUGUGCUGCAACCCUCUGACUCUCAGAGAGCAUUGUCUGGGUCUGCCAGUUCCAGUCUGACUCAGCAGAAACAGCUCAGUGCUCUCACAGGAGCUGCAAGUCAGGGUCCAACAGAGAUUUACAUGGAGGAUCAAGUUUCAGAGAAACAAAGCGGAGGGCAGAGCUAUGACAGCAGUGUCAACUCUGAUGCCACGUCAGGGAAGGAGAUGAGUGAUGGUUAUGAGGGGACACAUGGAGGUAAAGGCGAGGGGAAAGCCCGCAAACACCACCGCAGGUCAACACGCACUCGCUCUCGGCAAGAGAAGAUAAGCAGACCAAAGCUCAGCAUGCUAAAUGUGUGUAACACAGGGGAUAAGAUGGUAGAGUGUCAGUUGGAAACUCAUAACCAUAAGAUGGUCACUUUCAAGUUUGACCUGGAUGGAGAUGCACCAGAAGAGAUUGCUACAUACAUGGUGGAGAAUGAUUUCAUCCUGCCUCUAGAGAAAGAAGUGUUCAUUGAGCAGCUGAAGGACAUUGUGGACAAAGCUAUGGACAUGCUCAGUGAGGACACUGAGGGUGAGAAGACCUCUGAGCAGGGAGGUAGUCCCAAACAGAGUGAAGGAGCUGGCGCUGAAGGAACAGAGGGAUUGAAGGCUUCUGCACCCAGCACCCCACAGCUUGUGUACCAGCAAAAUGUCCUCCACACUGGCAAGCGCUGGUUUAUCAUCUGCCCUGUGGCUGAGACGCCCAUGCUAGACAAAGAGCCGACUACAUCUCACACCUCUACAGCCCAGGAAUCCGAAAAGUCUGCCUCAUCAUCAGUCAGGCCCAAUAGCAGCACCACUGCAGUAUCUACCCCGGUCGCAUCUUUAUCUUCCCAAAGCCCGUCCUCCUCCUCUCUGCCCCCUGCAGCUCAGACCUCAGCGCAACCUAAAGACCAAAACAUUGGCAAAGCCCAUGUCCAACAGCCUGAGCCCUGUGUAACUAAAAACGCCCUUGCUGCUGCUGCUGGUGUCAGCCAUCACAGCUCCCCUCCCGUGGAAGAGCCUUGCAUCUCUGCUGUCUCUAUGGUAAAGGACAUGCCGUGCUGCGCUAUUGUGCCACCUGUCUCUCUGGAUGUGAAUACCACUGAUAAAGGAGCAGCUGGUGGUUUGGCCUCCUCACAAACUAAUCAGCCCAAUCAAAAGGCCAGUCCUACUGGAGAACUACCCCCUCAGCUGGCCUCCCAUCAGUCUGUGGUCCUGCAGCAGCCCUACGCCACAUCCAUGCAGCCUGGGACAGUCACCUCUCAGCCCCAGAGUCCAGCACAUCAGACAUCCCAGAACUCCCAGUCAUCAAGCCACCAGCAGCCAGCGAGCGGAGGGCCAGGGGAGUCGGACGGUGAAGGACCACGCAGGGUGGAGUUUGUUGACCGCACAAUCAAGACUUUGGAUGAGAAGCUGAGAAACCUCUUGUACCAGGAGCAUGCUCCCUCUCAGCCCUCCAGCUCUACGUCUGACCCCCAUGCCUCCAGUACAGAGGGAGUCACCUCACCACCAGUCUCAGAUGGCCAAAGCACUGAGGGAGCACUUAUCAAGAAGAAGGGGGAGCCACUGCCUCAGAUCCCAGAGCGCACAGAUAGUGUGGGCGCAUUAAGUGACUCUGCAGUGGCUGCCACCAACAGGGUUUUAAACAGAAGAGAUUUGACCGCCAGCUCCAGUUCAUAUAGCUCCAAAAGCCGUUUUCAAAUCGUCCCCACUCCACCGGAUGUCAUUUGUCGCUUAGAGAAAAGCAAGACAAGUAGCAGCACCUGCACUUCCCCAGCACCCUCUAGUGGUUCUGGAGGGACUCGCAGCCAGACUCAAGGUCCAGGCAGGAAAGACAAGAGCUGUGUGGCUGCAGGCAGGUCUUCUUUGACAGCUGAUGAUGAGAAAGCAGGAACAUCCAAACCCCACAUUAGUAAUCGCUACUCUGCCCCACCUAACUUCUACAAGACCACCUCCGUGUCCAGUCCUGAUGUCACCCCACGCCAUAUCCCACGGGCCCAGACCAUUGACACUCCAACUCAUCACCACUUCCACCACUCCUCUAACAUCGGCUCUGACUCAGGCGACGAAGACAGCAGCAGCAUAGCCCUUCCUCCGGCCCACCCUGCUCCCCCACCUCAUGCCCUGUCUGAGCACAGCGGAAGCGACCUCAUGAAGAGGGCAGUGGCCUUCCUGCGGCGCUCUGGUCGGAGCAAAAGUGAGCAGAGCUCUGAUUCACCAAGCCGACAGCCCGUGGCAAUGAAUGGUCACGCUCCUUCGCCUUCUGCAGGACAUGCCUACUCAUCUUACAUCAGCAGUGACAAUGACUCCGAGUUUGAGGAUGCAGAUAUGAGGAAAGAACUACAGAAACUGAGAGAAAAACACAUGAAGGAAAUCUCUGAGCUGCAGGCUUUCCAGAGGAAUGAGAUCGAGCGUCUGUACAAGGAGCUGGGCAAAACACUGCCCUCCAAUGUUGGACUACUUCAUGCUGCACCUCCAAGUGGCCGCAGGCGCAGGGCCAGCAAACACAAGCUGAAGGCUGGAAAACUGCUCAAUCCGAUGGUGCAGCAGCUCAGAAACAAUCUCAACACCACUGCUGCUGAGAGGAAAGGCGAGAGUGCUGCCAGUUCUUCUGGCUCCCCUGCUAAAAGUUCAGUUCUGUCAGAUGGCUCUGCCUACUCCAGUGGCAGCUCCAGCUCCAGCAAUCAGCCCUGCACCGCCCCAGAGCAGGUCCACACCCAGCAACCCUGUUCCUUGAAGGGCUCUUUCUCCUCAGACAACAUCUACUCUGGGGGGCUACACGGUGACGGGAUGACUAACCAAGCAGGUCCUGGCCAAGGCUGGACGGUUUACCACCAAACGUCAGAGAGAGUCACCUAUAAAUCUAGUAGCAAACCACGCACUAGAUUCCUCAGUGGACCUGUGUCUCUGUCCAUCUGGUCCACUCUGAAACGACUAUGUCUAGGCAAAGAGCGCAAUAGUAGGUCCUCUCUCAGCACCACCACCACCACCACCACAGCUCAAACAGCCUCCAGUCAGACACAGCCGUCUCUCACCACGGCCACACCCUCACCAUCUCCUCAGCCACUCACAAGACUUGCUCAGGCCCAGACCAACAACAGCAACAACAAGAGAGGCACGUUUACCGAUGACCUUCACAAACUGGUAGACGACUGGACGAAGGAGACCGUAGCGGCAGCCCAUCAGCCGCGCCCCUCCCUGAACCAGAUCAAACAACAGAAACGCCAGCAGGACCUGGAAGGCAGAGCUGCACCAAUGGGAGCAGCUACACACGAGAUGAAAUGCCAUGUUGGUCCCAGCAAGUUCCAGCUGCCUCUUUCCUGCCCCCUGACUGCUGCUUUAGGCCCUGGUAUGCCCACAACCCUAGGUCCCAACUCCUCAGCAAUGCUCCCUCCUGGGUACCUUUUGCCAGCAGGUUCCUAUGGCGGGAUGACUCCCAGUCCUCUUUACACCCAGCAGUGGCCUGGCUUGCCUAGUCCUGUAGGGUCUGUGGGUCCUGUAGGCCUGCUUGGUGCUGCAAGAAUGAUGCCCUACGCCACAAUGGCAAAUCCAGGGAUCCAAGCCUAUCCUCUGGCCAUGCACAACCCAGAGAAUGGCCCCUGUCCAAAAACCACUAGGACUACUUAUUCUGCUAACUAAAAAUUGUUAGUGCAUAUGGGCCGGAAAGUCCAACUCCAUUCUAUUCUGGUUCACCGGAGCCACACAUGUACAUAAUCUGAUCUUGUAAAUAACAUGACGCAAGUGUUGUUAUUCUUUAUACAACACCUAUAUCUGUAGUAACUUGUGUGUGUGUGUGUGUGUGUGUGCGCGUGUGUGGAUGUAUGUGUGUAUAUUAUACAGUACAUGUUAUGUAUGUCUGAAUACCUAAUGCUUUUUAGCUUUGGUCUUGACUAAAUUCAGCCAUACAAGACAUUUUGUCAGCGGUCACGAAAACAUAUUUCACCAUAUUCUUUAUUUACUGCAUUUAUUUUGCCUUUCUCUACAGUUAUGUACACUUCAAACACUACAUUGGAAUCCAAAAACCAGUGGCUUGAGAAACCGUAACAGGACAGUAUUUAUGACGAAAGUAUUUGAAGGAAUGUAGUGCCUUGAACAUUGAUUUAUAUAUUGUUUUUUUUUUUUUCUUCUGUGAAACAAAGCAUGUCUGCAUCCAAGUUAUUUUAUUUGAUGGUAGCUUGAGUGCAGUCUCCUUUUUUUUUUUUUUUUUUUUUUAAUGCAUUACAAACACUUUUGUUUUUGGUUUACAUGUGAAUGCCCUUGUAGUACUGCACUAUUAACACAGUAUAUGCUCUUAUUUAAAUAAUAAAAUCAUGUUUUAACCCUUGUUUACUUUCCACCCCUGUGACAGAUGGAAUGCCAUAGUGGUGAGAUGUACCGUUGCCUUGCAGAAACAAAUGAUUAAUGUGCGACUGAUGAGAGAAGGGAAAAAAAAAAAAGAUUUAAAAAAAAAAAAAAAAACGCCAGCAGCCAAAAUCCACUCUUUCAGGUCAAAUGGUUCAGUUGGACACGGCCUCUUUUUCAUAGGACAACAGAUGUGUUUGACAGCACAACAAGAGUUGGCAGUGUUAUAGCUUUGUGUGCUAGGAAAGGCGGUGUCCAGAGCCAUAUAUACUGUACAUAUUUCUUUCUACAGUAUAUUCCUCUGGUAGUGUUCUGAUCAGAAUGUAGCAAUUAAUAUGUGAAGGCUUGAGGCUUAAAAGUGCAAUUUAACCCCUCCACAAAGCUUUGAUCGUGGCCUUGCCACAAGCCUUAUCACUGAUGUGUGCAACAGGAGCAAGCUGAAAAGUUGAACAAAGUUACAAAUCACCAAGCAACAGAUAAGCAAAGGAUAAACAUUACACAGCACCAAGCAAACUCUGAAUUCACUACUGCUAAAUGUUCUUUCAACUUGGCUGUCCUAGUACCCAGCGUACACUGUAUGUGAAAUGUUUUGUGCAAUCACCAGUUAAGUCUGACGAUUGAUAAUUAUUUGAUGUUUAAAGCUUGAUUUUUUUUUUUUUCUUGUUUGUUUUUGAUGCUGCUAUUAUCUGAGGUGAUUCCACUGUACAGUUAAGCAUUAUAUUCACGUUAGAUGGUACUUUAAAAAUAAUAAUAAAAAAAACCUCCUCAAAUUAAAUUAACAAAUGAGACACUCAUAAAGCAGUGUUAUUGCCUUGUUGAAAUUUUGAUGUGUUUGUUCCCCAGCCUCCUUUCUUUUUUCAUUUUCUUUUCAGUAAUAUAUUGCAAAAUUCAAAUGAUACUUGAUGUGGGAGAUUUGCACAACUUAUAGUCUCCCAAAACUCUAACUUAUGGUAAAGAGUUUCCUACACUGUAUAUAGUGGGUUUCAUCGCCUGUACUUUUUUAUCACUGACAAGCAUGGCCAACUUUUCGUGUUCCACAAAACAAAAAUAAAACAAUACAACUGCUACGGUUAGAAAUUUCACAUUUCCACAACACAUUUGAAACAUUUCAGCACCCCAGUCCUGCCAAGCUGUGAAUUGUACAGUUUUCUUGUAGUUUAUAUUUGUACAUUUUGUUUGUUUGACUGUGUAGGGGUGGUGGAGGGGUUGCUUUGAUGUAUAUUAUCCCAUCAAUUCGGUUUGAAUUGGACUUUUAUAGGAUAUUAUGCAGAUUCUUCUGCUUUGGUGAAAUACUUCCAGUAGUAAGAGAUUUCUGUUCUCUGUCACUUGUACCUGGUAUAUUUUGUUCCACCUCCCCCGCUGCUAACUCAUGAUGGUGAGCAGAGGAGGGAAUAACUAUUGUUGGCAUAUUCAUGUGGAUGCAGUGAUCAAACGGAGCUGAAAUGCACAGAGGAGGACCAGCCCUGACACUUCCCACUCUGCUCAUCUCGCUCCUCUCUCUCUCUGGACAACAUUGCCCCCUGGUGAAUAUGCUCUGAUUGUCAAAAGCUUGUAUUAAAAAAAAAAAACUGUGUGGGAUUGCUUCUGCCUGCUGUAUGUCCCACUGCAUUACCCCACCCUACCCUGCUGCACUCUAAUCACAGACUGUAUGUUGAGAGAGAAAUAAAUAUUAUUUUGUGCUUGA